UUAAAGUCAGGCAACACAUGUAUUGUAUUUCAUAAUUUCCCUUUUUAACAGCAACAUAGCAGUGUGUACUGGAGGAAAGGAACCAAACAAGCUCUCAGUGAUCUCAAUCCAGGAAAAAGUUUGCAUGAACCUCUGCAGGUUCAGGGAUGAAUUUGAUGGACAUAUUCAGCGAGCAGUGGUCGGAGUCCGGCGAGCAGUGGUCGGAGUCCGGCGAGCAGUGGUCGGAGUCCGGCGAGCAGUGGUCGGAGUCCGGCGAGCAGUGGUCGGAGUCUAGCGAGCAGUGGUCGGAGUCUAGCGAGCAGUGGUCGGAGUCCAACGAGCAGUGGUCGGAGUCCAGCAAGCAGUCUUCAGAGUCCAUCAAGCAGUGGGUGGAGUCCGGCGAGCAGUGGUCGGAGUCCAGCGAGCAGUGGUCGGAGUCCGGCGAGCAGUCUUCAGAGUCCAUCAAGCAGUCUUCGGAGUCCAGCGAGCAGUGGUCGGAGUCCAACGAGCAGUGGUCGGAGUCCAGCGAGCAGUGGUCGGAGGCCGGCAAGCAGUCUUCAGAGUCCAUCAAGCAGUCUUCGGAGUCCAGCGAGCAGUGGUCGGAGUCCAGCGAGCAGUGAUCGGAGUCCAACGAGCAGUGGUCGGAGUCCAGCAAGCAGUCUUCAGAGUCCAUCAAGCAGUGGUCGGAGGUCACUGUCCCUAACCUGGAGGCGAGACGGCGAGCCCCUGUUCCAUCAUCAGGUUUUUUGGUAACAUUCCCUAUGAUAUAGCAUCAUACGUACACUGGUGUUUAUUGGUGUGUCUAUUCUCCUGGAGAAAGAAUGGAAAUCAACUUUUGACCUUAGAAUGGGCACAUGAAAGGGUGGUCGUGUAUGGCUCAGUUGUUAAAGAAUGGUACUUGCAACACCAGGAUUGUGGGUUUGAUUACUGGGACCACCCAUACGUAAAAUGAAUGCAUGUAUCACUGUCACUUUGGGUAUAUGGCAUAUAUUAGAGGGUGUUUCAUAUUUUUUAUUGUAAAAUAAUAAAUUUUUGGUAAAAGGGUUUGGGUGGGGUCAUGUGUGCAUAGUGUCACCCAGUCUUUGCUAUCACCUCAUGUUUGUAUUUGAAGAGUUGCAGGUCAGCCUGAGGGCUCCAGCUAUAACUGGGUAAACAACUGGGGCCAUCGACCCAGCUCUCCUCGUCUGUCUUUAGAUAUGACUCAGCCAUAUAAAGGCGACCACUGGUCCAGCUACAAUCUCCACAGGAAAAGCUGAUGACUCCUAAAGCUAACGCUGGGUAAUAUAUAUUAUAAACUGGGUGGUUUGAGCUCUGAAUGCUGAUUGGCUGAACCCCGUAGUGUAUCAGACCGUAUAAGGGAAUAACUCGCUGCUCUGACCUCCUCUUCUUAUAUACCUCACCUGGAUCCCCUCCACAGGGGCCUGUCUCUCCUUACUAUUUCACUCGCUAUGGCUUCUCAGCGGACUGCAAAGUGGUGGCGUUCCCUGGGGACAACCCAGGUUGCUCUGUAGCUGUCUUUGUCAGGGGCUUCUGUUUUGAUUUCCUCCUCCUGUCAUUCUGUCAUUUGGCCUCUGGGUGGCAGUAGCACUGUACUGAUGGCAUUGAUCUGCUCCACUAAUCCUCAGCUCCUCCACUCCUAUUCUACACAUGGAUGUUGUGUAGAUUCUAAUGUGAGUGCAUGGCGGCGGUGGUCACAUGUUCACCCUCUUCCCAGGCAGCUGGAUAUGAACCCGAUGAACAGAGAGAGGAGCUGGCCCCUCGCCAAGCAAGCAGCACUUGUUUAGGACCACGACCAUUCCUGCCUGUGCUGUGUGCUGCCCAUGUCUGUAGACUAGAAUGUCACGGCAGGCCAGCUGAGCAUAAACACAGACCCUGACAGGCUUCAGCCCGCUCCGCCCUCUACGCUAGUCCGCUCAGCAGUGUCAUCUGCGUAAAAGGGGCUUUGCGACCAAUAAAAAGACGGGCAACGCCCAGAUCGCAGGUGUGUGGCCAGCCUGAGGCACAGUCCAUUGAGAUUGAACUCUUUCAGUACAGCUCGGUGUGAGCAGUCAAACAAUAGCAAAUGGACUAAUUGAUACAGCUGUGCAAUUGCCUGGCUAUAAUUCAUUUUGAUCAAUGGUGUGAUACAGUAUGUCAAGGUAGGCAGGAUACAUAAGGGGAUGGUUAGUGCAGUAAAAAUGGAAGGAGGCUUCAUGCUAAGAUUUAAAAUGGUUUUCCAAUUGAUAUAUACACUGAACUGAAAUAUAAAUGCAACGUAAAGUGUUGAUCCCAUGUUUCAUGAGCUGAAAUAAAAGAUCCCAGAAAUGUUUCAUACGCACAAAAGGCUUAUUUCUUUCAAAUUUUGUGCACACAU